AACCUCACUUUUUUUCAAAUCAACAAAAGUUCAAUUCCGCCAAAAUACACAAAUAAAAUUAAUAUAUUUAAGUUUUUCUAAUUAAAUUAUACAAUAAAAAUGGAUAAAUCACUACACAAUCAAUUAUUCGGUGGAGUAUCACGAAGUCCAUUUGGAUCUAGAACCCGACAAAGUUCAGCAAGUUCAAUUGUUUCGGGUCGCAAAUCUAUGGGUGGUAGCGGCGGCGGUGGCGGCAUGAAAAAAGGUUCUAUUACUGGUCGUUUUAGUGUUUCAGGUCGUUCUACUCAAUCUCUAGCUGGCAUACGAUCCGAAUGCAAUGUCGUUGAAAGUUUUGGAUUCCAAUUGCCGGUGCUUGUCAAUGAAGCACUCACAUUUACCGAAAGAAAUUGUGGUGUUUCUAUCAAUUGUUCAAGUAACGGUUGGGCAUGGGCUCUCCAUGGAAGACGAUUGUUGGUUUGGCAAUACAAAGACAAUCGCCAGGGUUCCCCCAAGUACAAAGAUCUUUCACGAACUCCCCAACGUCGAACAACAACCGCACAAUGUCGAGAAUUGACAUUGCCUCACUGUGACAUUGGCCACAAGGCUUCUUUGGUGACAGUCUUCCAACCAGAUGGUCAGCAAAUGGCUUCAUGUCUGGCAGUGUCUCCAACUGGGGAUGUACGUUAUUGGCCAUCGAUUGCUCAUGAUGGUUCAUCCAUUGACUCUAAUGGAAUCCUAGAUGGCCAAGAGUUUGACUACUUGCUUGCUAUACCUCCUCAGGGUUACCUUUUAGUCACUACCACAUGCAACUUGCUGUUCCUACAAUUGCAAGUUGUUAAUGGAAGACAUGUUAUUACACAUCGAAGUGUGAAGGCACCUUCUGGUUUCUUUGGUGGAAUCGGAAAGAAAUUUGCUUCGAUAAUAAUCGGAAUGAAUAGUGGACAUGAUAAGGAAAAUAAAUUUGUCAAAGUGGACAGUGAAAAGAUUUCAGAUAACGAAUGGAAUGUCAUUGUUUUGGCUGAUCGAUGGGUUCAAAAGUGGACAUUUUCUAGUAAUGGCAAUGAACAACUUCUUUUUGAAGAAACAGAUGUUAUGAGGAAAAUUCGAGAUGAGUUUCAUCAGAAGUUUUGGAAUGGAAGAGCUGAAAGUACAGAAAUCGAAUUAAAUUUGUUGGACAUGCAAAUAUGUGAUGGAAAAGUUUAUGUGUUUGCUGGAGCUGUUAAUACAUCGCAUACACCUCAAAUGCAUUAUGCUAUAGUUAUUUUGGAACAGGAACCGGAAUAUCUUCGUCUUGCUACAUUCAUUCCAUUGAAACUUUCACAAUUCUACAGUACUGGAACUGAAGUAAACUGCUUGCAACUUCGUUUCAUUAUCUGUCGAUCAUAUGCUUAUCUGUAUUGCGACAGAACAAUCUAUCCUGUCAAUCUUCUCAACCCAACUGGUGGUGAUUUGGAAGCAGAAAAAAUUGAAUUCCAACUUCAAGAUGACCACAUUCUUAGUGCAGCAGUUUGUGGCAAUAUACCACUUUUCUUCAGUCGCAAUCACGGAUUAGUGUGUGUUUCACCAUCAGAUUUUGAUAAUAGUGAUUUUUUGAAUUCUUCAUAUUCACCCGAUGUUUUUACACCACCAUUCUCGGACUCCUUGAAUAACACCGCUAUCAAUCAAAGUGUUAAUUUGAAUAGCCUUUCGAUGUACGAACUGGAUCCAGAUGAGAUUUUCAAUGACAACAAAGAUGAAGUUAGUCAGCUUAAAGCUGCAUUUAUUUAUCACAUCAAACGGAAUAAUACCAUGUGUACAUCGAUUUUGAAAGAUCUAGUUCCAGCUGAUAUUGGUUUGGAUGAACUUGAUGGUCAGCUAGAUAAAACCGUUGUGGCUAUAGCUGAAGAUCUGGCUGAAGAUAUACCAGCUGCUGAUCCACGUUGGGAACAGGUCGAAAGAAAUUUAAAACAUUCUUUAGGCAGUUCGUCAUCUCUUCAAAUCAUAAGUCAAUUGAAAGAAAAGAACUUGGCCCUGAGCCAUUUUGUUGAUUUUCUUCAUUCCACCGGAUUGUGGGACAAGCUGAAUGCGGUUUCAUAUCGUGGGUUAGUCAAGCCGACGUGUUAUGUCGUUUCAGAUAUAAAUGAGAAAAUUAUCGCUGCCAUUGCUUUGAAAAUGGCUCACAAUAAGCACAACAAGUUGAUUGAUGAAGCUCUAGAAAUUGUAAUUUCCCAAUGGAAAGAGUUUCCAUCUGGGAAUCUAACCUCACAGGAUUUGUUCUAUGUCAAAUUGACCCGAUUCCAAGAUGUUGUCCAGGCUCUUUGUCAAGUUGCUGACACAAAGAUAGAAUCUCAUCACCAAUCCUCAGCCAUUGCAGCAUUCUUGUGCGACUUGAAUGCUGUCAUCUUAUCGAUUUUGAAUGAAGUAAUAUCGUUUAGAGAGCAAAAUAUGGCCAAGUAUAUUCUGCCGGCAGAUAAAAGUAACUCAUACGAGUAUUUACCUUGGACAGCAAUGUCUGGAAAAAAUGGAUUGCGUGACUCUCUAUCACAUUUGAUUGCCCUUACUGUAAAAUAUGGAGCCAAGUCUACCGGAGAGCCAGAAAUUAAAUACAAACUAUAUCAACAAAUAAUGGAAUUAAUUGAUUUUGUACUGGACGGAAGGAAGAAUUAUCUUGAGAGCAUUAAAGACAAUGAGAAAUAUGGUGUGCUGUUGCAGCAAUAUGAAUCACAAAGAAGAGAGUUGAUCUUAAUUCUAAUCGAUGAAGGUCAAUAUGAAUUAGCAGCUAAAUUAGCAGAAAAAUAUCUUGAUUUCCAAAGUUUGGUUGUAAUUUGUGAUCAGACUGGCAAUCAAAAUCGUUUAGAUGGAUACAUUGAAAAAUAUCAAGAAUAUGAUUUUUCACAAUUUGCUAUCAAUUGGCAUUUGAGACAAAAUCGACAAGGUGAUGUAUUUGAACGUUUUAAGGGCAAUCAAGCUGCGCUGUCGCAAUUCUUGAGAGAUCAUCCAUCACUUGGUUGGAUUCAAUUGAUUUUUAAUGGAGAUUUUGAUAGAGCUGCAGGAAUUCUAUUCCAAUUGGGUCAGGAUGAAACGGAAUUUGUUCAAAGAAAGAAGUCUAUAUUAUCUUUGGCCAAAUUAGCAUCCCUAGCUGCUGAUUCAGAUCUCUCCAAUCAAGUCACUGAAAUAAAUGCAGAACUAAACUUGGUCGACUAUCAGGAACAACUUAACGAACAAUUGAUGUUAUCAUUUGGCUAUGAUGUCGAGAAUCCUAAAGUAUUAAAAGCCGAAGAAAUUAUAAAUCUUUUUAUAUCUGAAGAAAAUGAGACUGCCAAUGAAUUUGAUUUUCGCAAAGCCAUCGAACUUCUUAAUUACGUUGAUGAUCCUUGUGAUGUCCGUCACAAAAUAUGGUGUGCAGCUAUUUUAAGAGAUUCCUGGACACAUUAUGAUAUGAAUUCAGCAUUGGAUCAUCUGCAAAGUACACUUUUCUUUAAAUUAAUAGAAGUCUGUUAUUUAAUGGAUGGCGAUUUCGAUGAAUUCCUUCCUUCUAUUGAUGAAUUCUUAAACAGUCCAGAUUUGGGCAAUUUAACACAAGAAAAAUCAUUCCAGUAUCUCUUGAAGUUAACCUACGAGCAUAUAACAGACUCUUUUCAGAAAGCUAUGGAUCAGGAAUGAAUUUCAACUAAAUAAGUUCUAGAAAUUUAAGUGUGUAUCUGUUUUGUUAUGUCGAAUU